UACAAGGUAAAAUAUUCAGUAAGUAGUACAGCUCAACAUACCCACACAUGCUGCAUUGUGGGGUAUUCUGUUACUGUACCUAUCUACUGUAGAGAUUAACUGGGGAGCCCUGAUCAGCCCAGCAAGGAGGGCCAACUAUUUAGACCAGCCUCCUUGUUUUGCAACAGAUGUCCCUGGGAGAUCCAGAGUAACUGUUGAAGGUAAAGCAGAGUGAGAAUUGAUGUUGACAUGAUGGUUGGGUGGAGUGUGUGGCGCAGUCCGGUAAUGGUGCUGACAGCCGGUGUGCGCUGCAGCAGCAGCAGUGUGCCGGCAGUCAGACAGGCGUACUCAGACAGCAACAUGGUCAGGCCUUUCAGUGAGAUUCCUGGACUGUGGAAGAAUGGAGCGGCCAACUUGUACAACUUCUGGAAACUGGAUGGCUUUAAAAACCUUCACCGUAUCAUGUUGCAGAACUUCAACACUUUUGGACCCAUUUACAGGGAAAAAGUAGGUUAUUACGAAAGCGUUAAUAUCAUCAAUCCUGAAGAUGCUGCUAUCCUGUUCAAAGCGGAGGGCAAUUACCCUAAAAGACUGAAAGUUGAAGCCUGGACAUCAUACAGAGACUACAGGAAUCGCAAAUAUGGGGUUUUACUAAAGAAUGGAGAAGACUGGAGAUCAAACCGUGUGAUUCUGAACAAGGAGGUGAUUUCCCCAAAGGUGCUGGGAAACUUUGUUCCUUUACUGGAGGAAGUGGGCCAGGAUUUUGUGGCCAGAGUUCACAAAAAGAUAACGCGAACCGGCCAAAACAAAUGGACCACUGACCUCUCUCAAGAGCUCUUUAAAUACGCACUGGAGUCUGUGAGUUCAGUGCUGUAUGGGGAGCGUCUGGGUUUGAUGCUGGACUACAUCGACCCUGAAGCUCAACAUUUCAUCAACUGCAUCACCGUCAUGUUCAAGACUACCUCACCCAUGCUGUACAUACCUCCUGCUCUGCUGAGGAAGGUUGGAGCGAAGGUAUGGCGGGACCAUGUGGAGGCAUGGGAUGGGAUCUUCAACCAAGCGGACCGCUGCAUCCACAACAUCUACAGGCAGUUACGUCUGGAAGCUGGCACUCCGAAGAAAUACCCAGGAGUCCUGGCCAGCCUGCUCAUGCUGGACAAGCUCUCCAUUGAAGACAUCAAGGCCAGCAUCACUGAGCUAAUGGCUGGAGGAGUAGAUACGACUUCUAUAACACUGCUGUGGACGUUGUAUGAACUAGCGAGGCACCCCAACCUCCAGGAGGAGCUGAGGGCGGAGGUGGCUGCAGCGCGGGCUGAAAGCCAGGGAGACAUGCUGGAGAUGCUGAAGCACAUUCCAUUGGUCAAAGGAGCUUUGAAGGAAACACUGAGGUUACACCCGGUUGCAGUGAGCUUGCAAAGAUAUAUAACAGAAGAUAUCAUCAUUCAAAACUACCACAUCCCAGCUGGGACUUUGGUCCAGCUAGGACUGUAUGCAAUGGGAAGAGACCCCAAAGUGUUUCCCCGUCCGGAGCAGUAUCAGCCCUCCCGCUGGCUGAGGACAGAGACGCACUACUUCAGGAGCCUGGGCUUCGGCUUUGGCCCCCGUCAGUGUUUAGGACGCAGAAUAGCUGAGACAGAGAUGCAAAUCUUCCUCAUCCAUAUGCUUGAGAACUUCAGAGUGGAGAAAGAGCGCCAUGUGGAAGUGCAGAGUACCUUUGAGCUCAUCCUCUUACCAGAGAAACCGAUAAUCUUGACUUUGAAGCCCUUACAUAUUAGUCGGUAACAACAACUUAGAGAGAAAUGUUUUGUGCAUGAUAAGCCAGACCUUUAUCACACAAUUGUAAAAGGCUUCCCAAA